AUGAUUGAUAGUACUGAAUCGGAAUCUGUAAUGAUUUCAGUUCCCAAACUACACGGCAGUAACCAGGGUUCUAGUGUUCUGAAAUAUAUAUGUCAGUUCGUGCUUUCUCAACACUCCAGAAUAUACAGUGGAAUGGUUGAUUAUAUAGAUGGGACCAGCCUUAGAGAACAUGAAACUAGAAAUAAGGAUGGAACUAAGGCUGUGAUUAAGGACAAUUGUUCUGUUGAUGGUUGGAGAACUUUUCUAAGUACAAAGUCAGUGGUAACUAUUGAGACACUAAUUGUGGGGGAAAACUGUUUGGAGCAUUGCGGUGACAAUAAGAUCCCUGUUUACAUUAUGGAGCAAUGGAUAGUGCAACUUAUUCCUCAAAAUUUUAAGGAAAGAGGUAUCUCAGUUUCUGGCUGCCAGCUUGAGCUUAUAGACUAUUUGGAAACAUCCCCUUGA